UUCUUUUAUGUUUUUUUGAACAGUAACUGAAAAAUAGAAAUCUGACAGAGCGUCGGGACGUGGUGGUCAGCACCGUAACAAGCGUGUCUCCGCCGUGAUGUUGCGUCUUGCUUCUUUCGCUACUAUUUCAAGACCACCGCUUGUUUCUUUAGCAUUCAUAAGAAAGAAAUGGAGCUUCAAAGACAGUCAUCAAAUUGAUAUGUGCAAAUCCCCAAUUCAGCCACUAAAACUUGCACAUAAGGUAGCAAAUGUAGUUGAUUGCAGAUGUGGGAGUACUACAGAUUCUAUUCACACUCAAGGCUUUUCGGAAUAUCGGAAUCAUGUAGAUUUUCAAAAUGUCAAGAUAAUUUUGGGUUCAUCGUCCAUGGCAAGGCGACAAAUUCUAGCCGAGAUGGGAUAUGAAUUCUCAAUCGUGACUGCAGAUAUAGAUGAAAAGAGCAUAAGGAGAGAUACGCCUGAGGAAUUGGUUAUGGCUUUGGCUCAGGCAAAGGCAGAUGCUAUUGUAGCAAGGCUCCAAACUAUGGCUCAGUUGGAAGUGAAUUCCCCUACAACCUUGCUGAUUACAGCAGACACAGUGGUGAUUUAUAAAGGAACAGUGAGAGAAAAGCCAACCAGCAAGGAAGAAGCACGAUAUUUCAUCAAAGGUUAUUCUAGUGAUCAUGGAGCUGUUGUAGGAUCUAUACUAGUAACUAACCUUUCUACCGGCAAAAGCAAAGGAGCAUGGGAGAGGGCAGAGGUUUAUUUCCGUGAGAUACCUGAAGACGUCAUCGAUACUCUGAUUGAAGAUGGAAUUACGUUCAAUGUUGCAGGAGGUCUCAUGCUUGAGCACCCACUUAUAUCACCGUGUGUCGAAAAAGUGGUGGGCAGUACCGACACGGUGAUGGGACUUUCAAAAGCUCUUACUGAAAAACUCAUUGCAGAAGUCCUUUAGAGUUGGUUUUGAAUCAGUUUCAAUGAGGCUUCAUUACUGUUUGGAGAGGGUGCAAAUUUCUUGUAAAGAGAAGGGGUAAAAAGAAAAUAAAUAUUAAAGCAAUUUGUAAUCAUAAUCACUUUUAUUACUUCAUGUCCUACACGAUCUUAAUGAUCUUCUGCAAAUGAAUAGUCGAUUGGAAUUUUAAAAAUUUAUGGAUUCCGAAAGGAAAAUAUACAUUUACUUUGUUUUUUU